GCCCAGGCCAUUGACUACCCAGCAUCCAAGGCUGUUUGUUCUCUGUGCAAGCCAGAGUCUCUGCAAUGGGAAUCCAGCUCUCUCUCCCUCCACGCCACCUCCCACCCUUGACUCCUUAACGGAAGAGCAAGGACAGCUGCACCUGCAGCCUGCCGAGCCCCAGCUGACCACACUUGAAGCUGAGGGCGGAGGCUCUGGGUUCCUGCCUUCUCGCAGGGGCCCCAGCCUGAAGGGUACUGGGUGGAGCCAGGCGAGUACUGCGCAGGCUGGCUGGCUGCUAGCGGUUGCUCAGUGCUUCUGCGGGAGAAGGACAGCGACCGACAUGGAGCAGGGGAAGCGUCUGGCCGGCCUCAUCCUGGCAAUCUCUCUUCUUCAAGGUACAAUUGCCCAGUCGAAAGAAGGAAACCAUUUGAUAACAGUGGAUGACGAUCAAGAAGAUGGUUCAGUACUUCUGACUUGUAACUUGGAAGGCAAAGAUAUCAAGUGGUUUAAAGAUGGGAAGGAAAUCGUUACUACGAAUGGAAAAACAUGGAACCUGGGAAGCAGUUUGAAGGACCCUCAAGGGACAUAUUGGUGUCGAGGAUCAGCGAACAAUUCGCAAUCACUCCACGUGUAUUAUAGAAUGUGUCAGAACUGCAUUGAGCUGAAUGCAUCCACUGUGUCUGGCUUUGUCUUCGCCGAGAUCUUCAGCAUUUUCUUCCUUGCUGUUGGGGUGUACUUCGUUGCUGGGCAGGAUGGAGUUCGCCAAUCAAGAGCUUCAGACAAGCAGACCCUGUUGUCCAAUGACCAGCUCUACCAGCCCCUCAAGGAUCGGGAAGAUGACCAAUACAGCCACCUUCAAGGAAACCAACUGAGGAGAAACUGAGCUCAGGACUCCGAGGAGCUGUGUCCUACACCAUUUCCAAGGCAGUGCCUUCGCAUUCCCUGCCCUCCCACUGUGCCACGUCUGUCUCCUUUCCCUAAGCAGCUAUGAAGACCAGGGGUGGGGGUGCAGGCUGAUUGUGGAAGCCCAUUUCUAAAAACACAGGGGCUAGUGCAAAUUUUCUUGACCUAAAAAAAUAUGAAAACUGUGUAUGUCUUUAAAUCCUUUCAGAAGAGGAAUGCUGAAUAUUAAUCUUACUAGAGGCCCAGUGCAUGAAAUUCAUGCACUGGGGGGAGGGUGUCCCUCAGCCCAGCCUGCACCCUCUCCAAUCUGGGACCCCGCAGGGGAUGUCCAACUGCCAGUUUAUGCCCGAUCCCACAGGGGCAGUCAGACAUCCCUCUCACAAUCUGGGACUGCUGGCUCCCAACCGCUCGCCUGCCUGCCUGCCUGCCUGCCUGAUUGCCCCUAACCGCUUCUGCCUGCCAGCCUGAUCACCUCCUAACCACUCCCCUGCCAGCCUGAUCAACACCUAACUGUUCCCCUGCUGGCCCAAUUGCCCCCAACUGCCCUCCUCUGCUGGCCCAGUCGCCCCCAACUGUCCUCCCUCCCCUGUAGGCCUGGUCGCCCCCAACUGCCCUCCCCUGCUGGCCUGAUUGCCCGCAACUGCCCUCCCCUGCUGGCCAUCUUGUGGUGGCCAUCUUUGACCACAUGGGGGUGGCCAUCUUGUACAAGGGUGUGAUGGUCAAUUUGUAUAUUACCUCUUUAUUAUAUAGGAUUUCUAUAUAAAUGUUUCUCAACAUCCACACUAUUAACAUUUUGG